CUGGAGACUACUUCUAGACUUCACUCUUCUUCCACUUUACCCAUCUCUCUCUUUCUGUUUCACAUUUUCUCUCUCAAACUCUUUCAAUCUCUUCUACACCAACAAUGGAGAUGUCCCGGAUUUUAACCGGGGCUUCAAUUCUCAUCACUUUGACACUUCUAGUAUCAUCUGUAUCAGCUCAUAACAUCACAAAAAUCUUAGCUGAACACCCAGAUUUCUCAACUUUCAAUCACUACCUAUCAGAAACACAUUUAGCACAAGAAAUUAACAGUCGCCAAACAAUCACAGUAUGUGCUGUUGAUAAUGCAGGAAUGGCAGAACUAUUAUCAAAACAUCUAUCACUUUACGCUCUCAAAAAUGUCCUUUCUUUUCAUAUCCUUCUUGAUUAUUUUGGUGCUAAAAAACUCCAUCAGAUUACCGACGGCACAGCUUUAGCAGCAACAAUGUUUCAAGCUACUGGAUCUGCAACUGGUUCAGCAGGUUUCGUCAACAUUACAGAUUACAAGGGCGGUAAAGUCCGUCUCGGUGCCGAAGAUAAUGAUGGAACUCUAAGCUCGGAAUAUGUUAAAUCAGUGAAAGAAAUUCCAUAUAAUAUCUCAGUUAUUCAAAUCAGCAAGAUCUUGUCUUCCCCUGAGGCUGAAGCACCGACACCCGGUCCUGCACAGGUUAACCUAACCGAGUUAAUGUCGAAACAAGGUUGCAAAGUUUUUGCAGAUUUGUUAGUCUCUUCAGGAGCAUAUGCUACUUUCCAAGAAAAUGCUGAUGGUGGAUUAACUAUCUUCUGCCCGCUGGAUGAUCCAAUGAAAGCGUUUCAACCCAAAUACGAUAAUUUAACCGAUGAUGGAAAAGUUGCUUUGUUAUCCUAUCACGCUCUGCCUACUUAUAAUUCGAUGCAAAUGUUGAAACAAAACAAUGGUAUUGUGAAUACUUUGGCUACUGAUGGUGGAAAAACGUAUCAAUUUACUGUUCAGAAUGACGGUGAAUCUGUUACAUUGAAGACCAAAACUGUUACAGCGAAAAUAACAGGGAAAUUGAUCGAUGAAAUGCCAUUAGCUAUUUACACAAUUAAUAAGGUAUUGUUGCCUAAAGAAUUGUUCAAGAAAGCUUUAGCGCCGACACCAGCUCCAGCACCUGCGCCGGAAAAAGCUGCCGAUUCACCUAAAAAAGCUAAAGGUAAAGGUGAUAAGGAUGAGGAUUUGGCUCCUGAGCCGAUGUCUCCUGAUGGUGAGCCAGCGGAUCAAGAGGCUGAUGAUAACGGCAGUAUUAGAUCCAGUGGUGGGAGAUGGGCUAGUGUUGUAUUAGGUGUGUGGUUAGCAGCUUAUCUGUUGGUGUAGGGUUUGGUUUUUCUUCCUCGUCAUCUUUUCACGUGAAAUAAGUAAGGCUUUUUUGUGCUUGUUAAUCUUUUAUUUCCGUGAGAACCAUUGUAAUAUUUAUUCUUACUUUUUAGUAAAUUUAUUUGUCGGUGUGAUAUUUAUUUAGAAUUUUCUCUUGGUUUUUUGCGACUUUUAUUGUAAAAGGUUGAGUUGGUCAAAAAUGAUUAUAUCUUUAAAUUA